UCGUUCUCUUUUUAUGCCUACUAUAUACUGUAUUCCUUGCAGUACACAUUUCUUCUGCUGCUGGUGUUCCUGAUAGAAGCAGUGGCCGGAGUAUUGGCCUACGUGUAUGAGGAACAGGUUAUGGCCGAGCUCUCCCACACCCUCACCUCCACCUUCAACAACAACUAUAUGAUAGACCCAGACGUCACUCAGGCCAUAGAUCAGAUGCAGAUAGAGUACCACUGUUGCGGGGCCUUAACCUUCAGCCAAUGGGGAGACAGCCAAUGGUUGCGUGAAAACCCAGGCAUCAAUAACACUGUUCCAGACUCCUGCUGCAAGACUCCCUCACCUUACUGUGGUGUCAGGAAUCAUCCUUCCAACAUUUGGUACAAUGGCUGUAUCCAUCAGUUUGAAGACGAGCUUGGUCGACAUCUGCUGAUUCUUGGGGCAGUUGGUUGUGGUAUCUGUCUGAUUCAGGUCUUUGGGAUGAUCCUCUCCUGCUGUCUCUACAUAAAACUAAAGGAUGUUGAUGAAAAUUAUUUUUAAGGGACACAUAAACUGAAUGUUAGAAAUAAAUAUGGUAUGAGAAAAUGGGCAUUAAUUUAGGCAAAAGCUUUGCAGUAAAAAGCAAAUGUAUACUGUACAAGGUAUUCAUUACUACCAAUAUUUUAAGAAAUUGGGAAUAGGAUUUAGAGAACACAUUCAGUAUGAGAAGGAAUACCUGAAAUUUGAAUUCAGUUUGAAGAGAAAAGCCAAAAAACUAUUUAGGGAAUGCAUCUUAUUAUUUUUUAGAAAUUGUUAUUAGUUUUUUAUAGAAAAUAUACACGAAUUAGCUGUCCUAGGAGGGCUUGAUUAGAUCUUCAUGAAGCAGCAGUGGGAGCAGAAAUUGCAAGUAACAUGUAUAUGAUAAAGAUAGUGAAGCUAGGAAAUUUACAAUUUAAAGCAAGAAUAAAAAUAAUGGCCAUUUUAGAAUAAUCUACCGACGAAUUUAUUAUGGGAAAAUUGGUUUAAAGCCUUUUAUAACAUAUAGAACUCAGAAGCAACUUUGGUAUGCUUUGAGAGUUCGAGGCACUCGUGGUAAUUUUGAAAAAUAGUAAAUUGUCUACAAAUAACAUAGAAUAUAUGAUGUCGCAUAACCCAGUGCCAAAAGUCCAUCGGUACAAUUUAAUAAAUGAUACCAAUAAUGAAAUGGUACUUAAAAGGAUGCCUAGCAUAAGAUAAAUAAAGGUUUAAGAAAAAUAAAUAUUGGCAAGAGAUUAAGGGUAGAAAUAAAUUGACUUAAUGAGUUUAUUUCGUUAAAUCUAAAUACAGUGUAUGCAUAAAGAGGGCGAAAAUAUUUUUCAUUAGUAUAUUCCUCCCUAGCCUAUUAAAAAU